CCUCUCUUUCCUUCUUGUAUAACCUUUUUUUAAUCACAUUUUACUCAUGGAACCCCCUCGUCGACCCAACAAGAGUAGGCUAAGAACCAUGACGGAUGGGGUAUCAAACAGUAGCGGUUCUAUUCGGUCAGAAGAGUCACCAACGAGCAGUAAUGGAUCAAGAUAUCAGAGUUCGCCCACACCCGGUAAAUAUUCCAGUCGAUUCACCGAACACUUCGAAAAAAAAGACGUUUUAUUAAACGAAUAUAUAAUAUCGCCAUUAAAAACUAGACCUGAUAUGCGUGCCUCAAAGAGUCUCAGUUCCACCAAGAACAACGAUGAUUUGCACUUGCCUCUAGACCAUCUGCUGACAACAUCCACCUUACCUGCUAAAAGAGUCCCAUUGACCUCAUCCAUUUCAACCCCCCUUCAAAUACCCAAUAACAUCAAACCGCGAAAAUUUGGAAGUAAUGGUUCAAUUCUCACAAAUGCAAGUAAAGUCUCUCUCAAUCCCUUAAGUUUAAACCGUGCUGAUGUAAUCAUCACUCGCUAUGAGAGCUGGCUGGUCUUUCUUAAAUCAAUCACAAAUUGGGUGGAAGAAGUCUCCAAAAUUACCAUUAACAGUAGUCGUGGUUAUUACCAAAGAGCCUACCCAUAUCUGGAUGAAUCAUCCGCCAUAUCCACUACCACAACUACAAACGAUGCAUCUACGGUGGUUCAACAAAACGUCAAUCAAUCAAUUCUGACAGUACAGGCUGGAUUCCAAGUGCUGACAAUGCAUAUUGCCGCUGAACAACAAGCAUUUUCGAAAUGUCUAGAACGUGAUUAUUUGCCGAGUUUAAACAAGUUGAGAAAGGAGUGCAAAGAAAAGAUACACAAGUUGAAAAGUGAUCACGGGUUGGCUUUAGAUGAAUUAUUACGUCGUGCAGAAGUAACAAGAAGUAAAAUGACUCAUCUUAGUCGUUGCUGUAAGCAAGCAGACAAGGGACAAGGUCAGCUAGAAAUGGAUCCUUGGGUAGCUAAUUUAUUGGUGUUGAGACAAUUGAAAAAAGAAGUGGAUGAGGAAAAUCGACUAAGACUAUUAAUGAUACCUAUCCAACAAGACGCCCAAGCAUUUGAAAAAAGAUUAUUAGACCUUGUAAAGCCAACCGUUCAAUAUUGUUACGAAACGUUAGCACCGGGGAUGUGGGAUGGAACUGAUGAUAAAGAUACAGCGCCGUUUAGUUUAUUGAUGGAUCAAAUCAUGCCAAACUUUGAAUGGGAUCGUUUUGUAGAAUUGCAGAAGAAGGAUUUGGUCAAUGAGAAGCAUCCAACGAAAGAUUAUUUAAGGAUCAAUUAUCCUAACAAGUUUCAUCCCAUGGUCAUGACUCUCAUGAAAGGCAAAAUGGAAAGAAAAUAUGGUGUGCGUAAACAGUUUACAGAUAGAAAUUAUGUGUUGAGUCAAGGUGGGUAUCUUCAUCAGUUUACAAUGGAUGAUAAAGUCUCACCUGAGAAAACAUUGUAUAUACCCAGUACGACUAUCGUUCCAUCCAUUGAUAUACACCAAAUAUCCAGUCUAAAUCAAGAAGCCGUUUUGGAAAAUACACUGUUGGAUAAUUCCAACACGUUUGAAAUAUGUAAACCUGCUAGUAAUGUACUUCAACGGGAUAAAGUAGCUGUUUUCCGUACCUCUAAUCGCCAAGAAUUAAUUGCCUGGUGUCGAUUAUUGAUUCAUUUCUCAAGUGGCAUCAGUUUGCAAAAACUAGGUGUAGUUGAAAAUGACGUAUUUACAAAUCACUCUUCCUCUAGCUCUUUUGAAGUCGACAACUUUCCUAUGCCAAAAAAACUCGUAUUGGAUGAAUCUCCUACGCUCAGCUUAAGAUCUGUUAAGACUGAAGAGUCUUUCAACGAACCUCUUAUCAUGAACAAAAAGAAUGACAGUCGUCCACCACCUACCAAAGCUUUGUCUGUACUCACUGAUGAUGGUUUAAGAACGCCGACCGCCACAUCGUUUCAAGUAGAUUACAAAAUACUUGCAAAAAAAAAUGACGCUACUGAUACAGAGGAUGCAAACAACAAUACGGAUGCAGAAUCUUUUGUGACAGCAAAGUUUAAUGACAAUGCCACAAAUCAAAAUGAUAGUGGCAACGAUGACAGUGAUGAUGACGAUGAUGAUGAUGAUGAUGAUGAUGAUGAUGAUGAUGAUGAUGAAGAUGGUGAUAACCAGCUCGUGACGUCUAACGAUUAUUUCAGUAUACCGCUCCGAGAAGAUGACGCUGUUAGUAUUGCCUCCGCAUCUACUGCCAGAGGUCCUAACAGCAGACAUGCGGAAUCUCCUACAGAGUCUGUCACCCCUGAAUUUGUAAGCAGCGCACCUUCUAUCGUUAGUACAUCUGAAUUUGUCAGCAUAGCACCCUCCAUUGCUAGCACAAACUUUGAUGAUGCACAAUCUUCCCUAUAUUUCUCAUCUGGUUCAGCUCCAGCAUCGCCUAUUGUUUCAAGCCAAUCGUCGAUCGUGUCUAUUCCAGAUUAUCACCUCGUACCUGAGGUUACUUCCAUUGGAUCUUCAUCAUCUAAUAAUACCCAACUAUCUCCUGCACAACUAUAUAAGGCUAACUUAGCUUUUAGCUAUGAUGAUAAUCAAUAAUUAUUUUAACAUCAUUAUAUUAUUAUACAUUUAUUAAAGUUUAUAAAUAAAUUGAUCGUCCUGCUUAUCGG